UAUCUAGGAAGUAGAGAAGGUAACACACGCGAGCGAUAGGGUGACUUGUAGCAUCAUAUCCAGUUUUAGUGGUUUUCUGUUAUCUUUAAUAAACAGCGAACAUGGGUGAUGAUGAGGAGAAAUUUGAUGGGAUGCUGCUCGCUAUGGCGCAGCAGCAUGAAGGCGGCGUUCAGGAGUUGGUGAACACGUUCUUCAGUUUUCUAAGAAGAAAAACGGAUUUCUUCACAGGAGGAGACUCUGGAGCAGCAGAAAAGUUGGUUAAAGAGGCAUUUAGUCAUCACAAUCAGCUCUCUCUGAAAGUCCAAAAAGAGAAACAGUCCAGACAAGAGAAAGAGGAAAAGGAGAACGCUGAGAGAGCCUCCAAACUGGAGGAGGAGAAUAAUAAGAAACAAACUCAAGAGGAGCCCAGAAUCAAAGAACUCACAGACGAAGAAGCAGAGAGACUUCAGUGUGAAUUAAACCAAGCAAAACAAGAGGGAACGAAAGAUUCAGAAGUAGUUGAGAAAAUUGAUGCAUCAGAGAAAGAUGACAAAAAGGGGUCGGAGUCUGAGGGAGAGGAGGAUGAAAAAGACAAAGACAAAAUCAAACCCAAUGCUGGAAAUGGAGCAGACCUUCAAAACUACAGAUGGACUCAAACUCUAUCUGAAGUAGAUCUCAUAGUUCCAUUCGAUGUGAACUUUCGUAUGAAAGGGAAGGAUGUGGUUGUGGACAUACAGCGGCGUUCUCUGAGAGUCGGUUUGAAGGGACAACCACCUGUGAUUGACGGACAGCUGUACUGUGAAGUGAAGGUGGAGGAGAGCUCUUGGCUCAUUGAAGAUGGGAAAGUAGUCACAAUCCAUUUUGAGAAGAUCAACAAAAUGCAGUGGUGGAGUAAGUUAGUGUCAACAGACCCUGAAAUCAACACCAAGAAGAUCUGCCCUGAGAACUCCAAGUUGUCAGAUUUGGACGGGGAGACUCGCAGUAUGGUGGAGAAGAUGAUGUACGAUCAAAGGCAGAAGUCAAUGGGACUGCCCACCUCUGAAGAGCAGAAGAAACAGGAUAUCCUGAAGAAGUUUAUGUCUCAGCAUCCCGAAAUGGAUUUCUCCAAAGCCAAGUUCAGCUGAGAGCCGUAUGUGCUCCGGAUGAAGCAUCAGUGACUAUAAAUAUCGCUGUACAUGUUUUUCAGAUCAGCUAGACCAGUUUGUUUUAAGGGUAACGCUCUACAAUAAGUUUCUAUUUGUUAAUAUUAUUUAACAUGAGCUAACAAUAAACAAUACUUCUAUGGCAUUUGUUAAUCUUAGUUCAUGUUAAUUCAGUAUUUACCAAUCAAAUGUAUCUGUUAUUUAAAAGUAACAAAGAUCAUUAAAUGCUGUGGGAAAAUGUCAUAAUGUUAAUUCAUGUUAGCUAAAGCAUUAUCUGAUAUUUUUAAAUAGAACCUUAAUGUUAUGUGUUAUUGUUUUCGGUUAUGUCUUCAUGAAUAACAAUUUCACUGUUGUUAAGAAGAGUUUCAUAAUGCGUCAUGUUUUGCAUUUGUUUUUGUCUUAGAUUUUUUUAAAUAAAUCAUUUCAAACACUG